AUGUCCAAUCAUAAUCGCCUGCUCGGGAUUUUUGAGGCUAAUUUGCAGAGGUCUCUGAAAAAUAAUAAUAUUCAUAUUUCCAGGGAAUAUGACAACAGCUUGGUGAUGCACAUUGACGACGACAACGUUGUAAAUAUAAUAAACGAUUUGUGGAAUGAUAAUUGGUCCGUACACUGGGAGCUAUUGGAGGAUGGCGAUGAUCAGCUGCCGCCCUUGAUCGAACCGUUAACAUUAUUCCACGAAAGGUUGCCGGAAGUUACAGCGGCAGCGCUAAGAUCGACGCCGGCUGCAGAACCCUCGGUUGAGGCGUUGAAGAGAACGACAUAUGAAGGAAGUAAUGAUGAUAAUACUACAACUACUUGUUGUGACGAUGAUCAAUCAGGAUUUAUGUGUGUGAUUUGCAUGGAAGAGGUUGCGAUUGGGUCCCACGUCACCCGCAUGCCUUGCUUUCAUCUUUUUCAUGGUGAUUGCAUUCUCAAUUGGCUAUAUAGGACUCAUACAUGUCCCCUAUGUCGCUUUGAGUUGCCUACUAGCAGCGACUAUGAUAUUUAA